CGUAUUGAAAUGGUUCCUCCUGCAGUGGGCAAGCAUGAAUUAACUGGCCAUAAAGUGGCCGUGAAGAUACUCAACCGGCAGAAGAUCCGGAGCCUCGACGUGGUUGGGAAAAUCCGCCGAGAGAUUCAGAACCUGAAGCUUUUCCGGCACCCUCACAUCAUUAAACUGUACCAGGUCAUCAGUACACCAUCUGAUAUUUUCAUGGUGAUGGAAUAUGUCUCAGGAGGAGAGCUAUUUGAUUAUAUCUGUAAAAAUGGAAGGUUGGAUGAAAAGGAAAGUCGACGUCUGUUCCAACAGAUCCUUUCUGGUGUGGAUUAUUGUCACAGGCACAUGGUGGUCCACAGAGACUUGAAACCUGAGAACGUCCUGCUUGAUGCACACAUGAAUGCAAAGAUAGCUGAUUUUGGUCUUUCAAACAUGAUGUCCGAUGGUGAAUUUUUGAGAACAAGCUGUGGCUCACCCAAUUACGCUGCCCCGGAAGUGAUUUCAGGAAGAUUGUACGCAGGCCCCGAGGUGGACAUCUGGAGCAGUGGUGUCAUUCUCUACGCCUUGUUAUGUGGGACCCUCCCCUUUGACGAUGACCACGUGCCAACGCUUUUUAAGAAGAUAUGCGACGGGAUUUUUUAUACCCCUCAGUAUUUAAAUCCCUCUGUCAUCAGCCUUUUGAAGCAUAUGCUGCAGGUAGAUCCCAUGAAGAGGGCCACAAUAAAAGAUAUCAGGGAACAUGAAUGGUUUAAACAGGACCUUCCAAAAUAUCUCUUUCCUGAGGAUCCAUCAUACAGUUCAACCAUGAUUGAUGAUGAAGCCUUAAAAGAAGUGUGUGAGAAGUUCGAGUGCUCGGAAGAGGAGGUUCUCAGCUGCCUGUACAACAGAAAUCACCAGGACCCGCUGGCGGUAGCCUACCAUCUCAUAAUAGACAACAGGAGGAUAAUGAACGAGGCCAAAGAUUUCUACCUGGCAACAAGCCCGCCCGAUUCUUUCCUUGAUGACCACCAUUUAACUCGGCCCCAUCCCGAAAGAGUCCCCUUCUUGGUUGCUGAGACACCAAGAGCACGGCAUACCCUUGAUGAGUUAAACCCACAGAAAUCCAAACACCAAGGUGUCCGGAAAGCAAAAUGGCAUCUGGGAAUUAGAAGUCAAAGUCGACCAAAUGAUAUCAUGGCAGAAGUAUGUAGAGCAAUCAAGCAAUUGGAUUAUGAAUGGAAGGUUGUAAAUCCCUAUUAUUUGCGUGUACGAAGGAAGAAUCCUGUGACUAGCACAUUUUCCAAAAUGAGUCUACAGCUCUAUCAAGUGGAUAGCCGGACUUACUUAUUGGAUUUCCGUAGUAUUGAUGAUGAAAUUGCAGAAGCCAAAUCAGGGACGGCUACCCCACAGAGAUCGGGAUCCAUCAGCAACUAUCGAUCUUGCCAAAGGAGUGACUCCGAUGCCGAGGCUCCAGGGAAGCCCUCAGAAGUUUCUCUUACCUCGUCUGUGACCUCGCUCGACUCUUCUCCUGUCGACUUAGCUCCAAGACCAGGAAGUCACACAAUAGAAUUUUUUGAAAUGUGUGCAAAUCUAAUUAAAAUUCUUGCACAGUAAACCUAAAACUUUGCUUAUUUCUUUGAUGCAAUAAGCAUGCAUAAUAAAUAAUAGCCAAACACUUCCACUUACCAAGAUAUAUAUAUAUAUAUAUAUACACAUACAUAUAAAUAUAACUAAGGAUUGGCCUUUUGGAAUGCAUUUUGCACAGGGAUUGGAAAAUGAUCAAUAAUUAAAAGCCUAAUGUGCAGAAAUGAAUUGGGACCAUUUUGUUGUCCCUUAUUCAGUAGGUACAUAUGGUAUAAUAUACACAGAAUGGAUCGCAGGACUCAAGCCCACUUGAUUUUUGACCAUUUUAAUUUGGUGUAACAGGGCUUUGUAGGCCAUAAAUUUACCAUAAAAGCCUUCGCGUAUGUUGAUGUGUUUUAUAUGAAUUAUUUGCGUAGAAUCCCCAGAGACCUUAGGUGAUGCUGUUUUCUGGGCUCCUUAGCUUCUUAAAAAGCUACCAUUCCCAUUUCUGGUAACAUUGUGAAUGAUUUCCACAUCCUUCUUAAAAUGCUGUCUUGUGUGGUAAGACAUAUCAGAUACAGACUCAAUUUAAAGAUUGUCUUUAGCUUGUAAGCCUGCCAACCCACAGAAUUGAUAUCCUCAGAAACGCUGAGCCCUACGUUUACUUCUGCAGUUUCCCCCUUAUGUUUUGUAUAUGAAGUGCUGCUUUGGCUCCUAGAGCCAAGUUGCUCACACUGUACUGAAUCAUGUUUUUGUCGCUGUCACAGAGUUCUCCUGGCUAUCAUGCCAGCCGCUAUUGAAUGUCAUUUGAUUGUGUGUUUUUAAAAUUGAUUCAGUGCAUAGAAAGGACAUCUUUUAUAAGCUUUGAAUGCUUCAAUUAGAUUUUUUUUUUGGUUUUUCGAGACAGGGUUUCUCUGUGUAGCUUUGCGCCUUUCCUGGAACUCGCUUUGGAGACCAGGCUGGCCUCGAACUCACAGAGAUCUGCCUGCCUCUGCCUCCUGAGUGCUGGGAUUAAAGGCGUGUGCCACCACCGCCCGGCUCCUUCAAUUGGAUUUUUAACCCCCGAUUUUAUUCUGGACACAUUUUAAAAAAGAAAAACGGAAAGAUUAUAUUGAUCGCAUGUAUAUCUACUACGUAGUUCCAACAACUGCUUGGCUUCAUUUGCCCUCUAGAUUCACGUAUGUACAAAAACAUAGAUAUGCAUAUGUAUUUGAAUGUAUGUAUGCUUUUGCUCUGAACCAUUGAGAUGUUAAGAUACCCAUCCCAGCCUUCAGUACUUAAGCAUCUCCUAAAAAUAAUGAUAUCGUCCUUUAAGAAACUCUUGAAUCCUUUAUAAAAUCAAUAAUUUCCAUAUUUAUCUCUUAACUGUCCAGAGUCCCAUUUAAGUUUACAGUCUGAUUUCAGUUGUAGCUCUUUAAUCAGGUUUAAUAUUAUUAUUUUGAAAAGGUGUAGAAGAAAUCCAUUCUUCAAAAUGGUCAAGUUUAUUUCAGGUUUUAAUUUUUUUAAAAAUUACUUUUUAAAAAAGUAAGUUGAAUCCUUCUUAGACCUCUGAUUUAUAUGCCUCUCCCUGUUUUAGUGAUAGCAUGGCAUAAUAGUUGUAAAUGAAGAUUUAAAGUCGAGUAAGACAAAGCUGGCAUUUUAUGAGCUAAUAAUUAAUUUCAUAUUGUCCAUAUUUGGCUUCUUUUAUGUUUAAGAAAUUUGGUCGGAGGCUCUAGCUCAGUGGUAGUGCUUGCCUAGGACAUACCCAGCCUGUGGGUUUGAUCCCAGCAAUGCAAAAACUACAUUUUCUUUAAACAUUAAUCAUCUUCCCUUUGCAGGAGAGACAUUUUUUUUCCCACUGCAUUCGUUGAAAAAUCCUCCACCGCCAUAUCUGUCGAGCACUUCUUUAACCAGAUGGGAACGAAUUUGAAGGUGGAUAGCUGGCAUAAAAGAUUGCUCUAUAGUUUAUGCACUGAAUCCCGGACAAAAAAUAUGAUUCAUUUUGUUCAGGGCUUGUUUUAUUCAACUCCACUUUGAAUGCUGUAUAAAGUAAUGGAGACUCCGUUUAAACCAGUUCCAAACUGUAUUUAUACCUUGGUGUGUGUGUGUGUGUGUGUGUGUGUGUGUGUGUGUGUGUGUGUGUGUGUGUGUGUGUCCUAGGUUUGGGGUUUACUGAUGUCACUUAUGCUGUCCACAUGCAGCAUUGUGUUCCUGACGGGAAGAACGGAAGACUGCGUUUUUAAACUUACAGAUUUGUAAAUAGAGCCAAGUAAUAUGUCUGUAAACUGUUGGGGGGCACAAAAGGAGGAACCAAUUAAAUAGGACCUUCUACAAAUUGUUAAUUUUGUAAACUUUGCUUCUUUUAUAAGUUAUUCUGUGAUUCCUUUUAGUUACCAAGUUUUAUUUUGAAGAUAUUUAAAUAUUGCACUUGUAUAAAUAGUAUGAUAAACGCAGACUGUUGCAGUCAAUUUUUUUUUAAGCUAGGAUAUUUGAAAUGACAACUUUUAGUUAAGUAUGUCAAGCUCGCAACAGAUUUUCACAACAUGUAUUGUAGUGUGCAGAUUCUUAUAUUGAAAAUGUAAGGGGAGUCAAUGCAAAUGAUUUUUAAUCUUUUUUAUUAUCUUUUCAGCAAUUUAUAUUUUUUUGUGAUUUUAUGCAACCAUAUUUUUACUUUGUCUUGACAACUGAAAGCUGUAUAAGGUUUUUGCCAGAAAAGUACUGUAUACAUAGUUUUAAAUAUAACAGAUUUUGCUGAUAUGUAAAAAUUUUGCCAUUAAAAUUGAUUUCUCAUGAAAGGAACUUUUCUACCAAGUUGGGACAUGUGGGAGCUUAAUAUAUCUAAUUUAAAAUAAUUUCACUGAAAUAAACACCAUUGCUUUUACUUUGAUUAUAUUUUUUUCUUAAGAUGCUUUUGUAGUGUUUUGGAGUUUUAGAUAAUUUUAUAUAAAUUCUCUCCCUUCCUUGCACCAUCCUUUGGAUCUUUGACACCAUUCACAAAUGAACUAAUCUGGCUGGGUGUGUAAGAUCUGUGUUCCAAGUGGCAUCUUGGGAAUGAAAGAAAAACAUGUUGUCUAAAUCUUUCUUCUCCCUAACUCCUCCCCUCCACCUGUUCAUUGUGGAUUCUGAAAAGAUGACUGAAGUUCCACAUACAACCCAACACUAAGUUGGUUGUAGGGAGGAGUCAAUCUUUGUGGUUUAUGUAUGAUUGCCCAGAAUACCUUGAUUUAGAAAGAUGGCAUAAUAAAGAAAAAAAUUCAUUUUUUUA